UUGAGAAAGCGACAGCUAUCCUAUUACUUCAAUAUCUCUUACAGAGAAUUGGUACGAGAGCGUGAGUACUUCAAUGUACUGCAUAACUAUCGCAAUGAUGCCUAUGCGUUCUGCGGGGGUAGAAUUCAUGUAGCGCUACUUACGAAGAUCAUAAGCGUUGGUGUGCUUCCAAUGUAUGCACUGAUUUUGCUGUUUAUGGUGUACUUUGGUAACGCUACAGCAAUCAUGUUUGCUCUUAUUAUAUUAGGAUCCGUUGCAAUUACGACAGUCUAUGGGGCUUUCAAAGGAAGCAAGAUGUGCCUUGUUCCUUUCGUUUUCUUGCAGGUUGUGUUUUUCAUUUACGAUCUUGUUCUUCUUGGUUUGUUCACUAUGGCUUUGCUACAAUCGGACUUUGCAUUGCAGUCGUACGCUGUCCUCAAAACGGACAUUCUACUAAUCGCAUCCGUGGUAUUACUGUCAUCUCUACCACCGACAGCAUGGAUUGCUUAUAUAGCAUACUUGGACAUUUUGUUCAUUGCUGAACUCGAUCGUGGCCUGGAACUUGUACGAGAGCUCAACGGCAACGCUACGAAUGAAGAUUUGACGACAAAAAACAAUUAUUGA